CAAGGUCCAACUUACUGGACGCAUUGAGCCCCUAGCUUGUGCAGAAAAGCAGUAGAUUUUAUGCAAUGAAUCUGUUUUUUCUAAACAUUGCAAUAUAAUAACGCUAUACAUACAGGUUUUGUUUUGCUUUUGCAGUUUUGCAAUGUCGACGUUGGGAACGAGUUAUUACGUUGAAUCGCCUCUUCUCUCCGAGCAGGAAGAUAUGGCACCGAGGUACUCCUCCGCUGCAGGGGUGGAGCAGGCGAUGCUCACCGAAUAUGGCGGACCGGAAUCUUUCCCUUUGCAGGCCAAAUCUUCUAUUUUUGGUGGAUCUUGGAGUCCCAUCUCGGCCCACCCUCCAAACACAGCCACUCCGACCUAUAUACAUCACCACUACACGAGCGGGGACAGCGAUGGCAUGUUUACGCGAUCCUGGGCAUUGGAUCCGGUCUCUGCGUCGCUGUGUUUGACGGGAUUACCAUCAACAGCCAUCCAUUAUGAGAUAAAACCCGAGCCUCUGAUUGGGAUUGCUGAAUGUACAACUUUGGAGACGCACACACCUCUUUUGUCUGACAUUGAAAAUGGAGCUUCCCUUGCGGAGAUUCCCUGCGAAGCGUCUGAAUUAACCACUGAAGAGAAACCGCCAGCAGACACGAACAAGACGGAGAUAGAUGCAAACAACCCAACGUCCAACUGGCUGCACGCGAAGCCCACCAGAAAAAAGCGUUGUCCGUAUACAAAGCAUCAGCUCCUCGAACUGGAAAAGGAGUUUCUGUUUAACAUGUAUCUGCCCCGGGAUCGCAGAUACGAGGUCGCGAGGGUCCUGAGUUUGACCGAGAGACAGGUGAAGAUCUGGUUUCAGAACCGCAGGAUGAAGAUGAAGAAAGACAACAAAGACCAGCGGAGACACAGUUAA